UGAGUAUUUGAGAAGACAUGAUUUAGUGAUUAUUGAGCGAGACAACUGAAAAGUGAAAUGUUCAAAUGUAAGACAUUUGCUCAAUAGGUACGCUAAUUGCUAUUUGGUAUUAAUCGUUUCGUAAAUUAUUAUAAUAUAAUUAUACGGCGAUCAGCCAAGUACCAAUUCUUGGCCAUCAUAAUGUUUACUAGAGCGAAGGUCGAUGAUAUUUGUACUACAAAACGACACAUUUGUCAUAUUUAGUAGACAAACAAGACGAGAGAAUGUUUAGACUAUGAUAACUAUCAUACAUACUGAUUAUCUUCUUGGAGAAAUAUUGAUCUACAUUGAAAAUUUGGAACAACGUCUAUCAAAACUUAUAUUUUUUACAAAUAGUAUAAUCUAAAAAUAAAAUGACGCUGUUCUACAAAAAUCUCGGGGUGCCAUGCAAAUGCAUCAUAUCAUCUAUGAAUAGUGAUGGUAUACUAAUUCGCAAGUUAUCACGAUAUGUUUCUCGAUACCAAACUCAUGAGAUUUCUAUUGCAAAAAAUCAAUUAUGGCCAAUUCGAUGUUUUUCUACGAUUAAUGAUGAUAGUUCUGAUAAUAUAAAAGCAAAACCAGAAGAAAAAGACCCAUUAUUAAAGAGUGUUCCGGUUAAAAAGGUGUUAGAUAAAGUCAGCUUUGAAAAAAAUGUUGAUAAAGUCCAAAGACCAGAAAAAUCUGUUGAUCGAAAUUAUAUUACUGCUCGCCGUGCAAUGACUGAGUUCAUGUUGAAAUCAACUGAUCUAGAAGGCCUUAAAACUAUCAAACGGCGAUCUCCAUUUGAUGACGAGCCUCCAAUAAAUGUUUAUUGGCGAAAAGAUGUUGUAGCCAAAGCAUCUGAAGUUUGGGGGUCUCAAGAAGGUUUAGUGACUCAACUAAUUAAGAGAGAAAUUGAGAGAAAGAAAAAACAACAAACAAUGUUUACAAUCAAAGCACAUAGAAGAAGUAACCGUCGACAGACCUUAAACAAAAAUGAUCUCAAAACACAAAAGUCAUCAGGACUGUUUGGUGACUCUGGUCGUGUUGUCUUGACAGCUGUUUUCAUAAAUGGUAUGAAUACAAUUUUCAAAGGUUUGGCUUGGUUCUAUACUGGAAGUCACAGCAUGUUCUCAGAAUGUAUACAUUCAAUGGCUGAUACAAUUAAUCAAGUCAUUCUUGCAUUUGGUAUUUAUAAAUCUGUCCAAAUAGCAGAUUCAUAUCACCCGUAUGGGUACUCAAACAUGAAAUAUGUUGCUUCUUUAAUAUCUGGAGUGGGAAUCUUUUGUAUCGGCUCUGGACUUUCCAUUUACCAUGGUGUAACAGGACUUAUUCAUGCUGAACCAUUAGAUUCUCUAUUUUGGGCAUAUUUUGUACUUGGUGGCUCAUUUAUAUCUGAAGGAGCAACAUUAGCAGUUGCUAUCAAUAACAUUAAAAAAUGUUCCAAAGAGUCAAAGAUUUCUUUCUUACAAUAUGUGUUACGAGGUCAUGAUCCUACUGUCAAUGUUGUGUUAUUAGAAGAUUGUGCUGCUGUAUUAUCUAUUGGAGUUGCCGCUGUAUGCAUGUCAUUAACAUCAUACUUAAAUACUCCUAUACCAGACGCUGUUGGAUCAUUACUAGUUGGUGGCAUUUUGGGCACAGUUGCCUCCUUCAUUAUUUACACUAACACAUCUGCUAUAGUUGGUCGUUCCAUUAGCUUAACAUAUUUAAACAAAAUCAAUGCUGAAUUGGAAUCUGAUGUUAUGAUAAGGGCUAUACAUGAUGUAAAAGGCAUUGAUAUGGGAAACAGUUUGAUUAGAUAUAAGGCUGAGUUGGAUUUUGAUGGAAGAGAAUUAGCUAAACAAUACCUAGACAGACUUGAUCCUGAAGCAUUGAUGGCUGAAGUCAGUGCAAUUGAAAAUGCAGAUUGCGCCGAGGCAUUCUUAUUGAAACACAGUGAAAAUAUAAUUGACAUGAUAGGUGGAGAGAUUGAUAGAAUUGAAUGGCAGCUAAGGUCAAAAUUCCCUGAAAUAAGGCACUGUGACUUAGAAAUACUUUAGAUAUUUCUUUCCUCUUAUUUAAUUAAUAUACUAUCCAAAUAACAUAAAUUGCUGACUGGUGAAGCUUAUGAUCAAAUAGGUUUUUGCAUAACAUGAUAACAUGGCAAAAUAUGAUCUUGUUUUACAUGUUCAUUUUAAACUUAUUAUUAGUUAUUAUAAUAAACUUAAAUGUAUGCAAUGUAAUUUUGCUAACUUAUAUGAAAUACAAAUGUACGUAUGUAUUUUUUCUAUGUGUUAGUAUUUAUUACACACUUAAUUGUUAAAUAUGAUAGUUGAGAAGAAAUAGUGUAUAUUGAAAAUAAAAAAAUAUGUUAUUAAAUAGGAA